CACAGUCUGUUCCGAGCUCAGAAUAACACAAGAGACUAUACAAAGAGCCACACAGCCUUUUCGUGUUCACUGCAAAUCCCGAUCGCGCUUGGAUUAUAACUAUGACUCUGGAAGAGAUCUGUGGACAAGAGAACAAAAUGGAAAACACUGAUAGGGUGCAAAGUGCAGGCGCAGCCCUGGAGGAGCUGCUGGUCGCUGCAAAGAAGCAGGACUACCUGACAGUUGGAGUUUACGAGUCUGCUAAAGUCAUGAAUGUUGACCCAGACAGCGUGGCGUUCUGCGUCCUCGCAACCGACGAGGAAUACGAAUGUGACAUCGCGCUUCAGAUCCAUUUCACCCUCAUCCAGGCUUUUUGCUUCGAUAAUGACAUCAACGUGGUGCGCGUGAAUGACAUCGAGCGCCUGGCCGACCUCGUGGGUUCAGACGAGACCGGCGAGCCCAAGGACGCGCAUUGCAUUCUUGUCACGAGCCCCAGUGCAAACCCUUGGAAAGAUCCUGCUCUAGACAAGCUGAGUCUGUUCUGCCAGGAAAGCCGCAGUGCAUAUGACUGGGUACCUGCCAUCACACUCCCAGAACGCUGAGGUGACAUUCCCCUAAAGAUGCUUCACAUGAUGAUGAAAAGAAAGUCAAGGAGCUGAGCUUCAGCCAGGAGAGUCUAGCCUUUUUGCUUAUCUUGUCUGGAUUAAGAGGCUGUGGCUGCAACCCCUCCUGCAAGAGUGCACCCUUCCUGCGCAUUCUGGGCCAGCAUGUUGGUUCUGGAUUACCCUGUAGAAGGGUUGAAGUUCAGAGGUCAUGUGUUGACCGGGUCAAGUGGACACACAAGUCUGAUGGACACUAAGAAGGAGCUGGACUUUGCUGCGUGGUGCAGAACAGGGGAGGCCCAAUGAUCGCUCUAGAUGACAGGCAUAAGGGGAGCUGAGCAGACAAGGGCGCCAAGGAAGAUACAGUGGACUUUUGAAAGUGUGGAGGCAGGACUGAACCUCAUCACAGAGGAACAAGUCUGAUGCUGGUUCUGAAGAUUGUGUCUGAAAGUGUCUACAUGGACGUUGCUUUAUUGUGGCAGCUAUCAGGAAAUACUUGGACCAAGCAGAAACUUUGCUUGAAAUCCUGACUUGAGCUGUAACUGUACUUGUGACACUUAUUCAUGGACUUAAAUAUUUCUUUAAAUAUGCAGAAAGAAUAAUGCAUUAUCCAUUUGAAUUGUACUCUUUUGAAAUAUUUUGUGAAUAAAUAUUUGGAAUCAAA